AUGGCCAGUCGUGGCCUGUUUCCUAAUUAUUUCCCCACAGGCACCUCUACACACGUAUCCUACACCUAUACACACGCCUCCUUCACCGCUACACACGCCUCCUUCACCGCUACACACGCCUCCUACACCUAUACACACGCCUCCUUCACCACUACACACGUCUCCUACACCUAUACACACGCCUCCUUCACCGCUACACACGCCUCCUACACGGCUACACACGUCUCCUACACCUAUACACACGCCUCCUUCACCGCUACACACGCCUCCUUCACCGCUACACACGCCUCCUACACCUAUACACACGCCUCCUUCACCACUACACACGUCUCCUACACCUAUACACACGCCUCCUUCAUCGCUACACACGCCUCCUACACGGCUACACACGUCUCCUACACCUAUACACACGCCUCCUUCACCGCUACACACGCCUCCUACACGGCUACACACGCCUCCUUCACCGCUACACACGCCUCCUACACGGCUACACACGUCUCCUACACCGUUACACACGCCUCCUACACCGUUACACACGCCUCCUUCACCGCUACACACGCCUCCUACAUGGCUACACAUGCCUCCUUCACCGCUACACACGCCUCCUACACGGCUACACACGUCUCCUACACCGUUACACACGCCUCCUACACCUAUACACACGCCUCCUUCACCGCUACACACGCCUCCUACAUGGCUACACAUGCCUCCUUCACCGCUACACACGCCUCCUACACGGCUACACACGUCUCCUACACCGUUACACACGCCUCCUACACCUAUACACACGCCUCCUACACCUAUACACACGCCUCCUACACCAUUACACACGCCUCCUACACGGCUACACACGCCUCCUACACCUAUACACACGCCUCCUACACCUAUACACACGCCUCCUUCACCGCUACACACGCCUCCUACACGGCUACACACGCCUCCUACACGGCUACACACGUCUCCUACACUGUUAAACACGCCUCCUACACCUAUACGCACGCCUCCUACACCUAUACACACGCCUCCUUCACCGCUACACAUGCCUCCUACACCACUACACACACCUCCUACACCACUAGAGAAAAAUGUAGUAUAGCAAGAAACUAA